UUGGAAUCGUACUGAUCACAUCAUCUUUAUCAGUCUUCAUUUCAAAUGGACUAGGAAGGAAAACGGCGUCCAGAAACAUCAGAACAACUCUGUAUAGACCUCAACAAAGCAUUUGAUAGUGAUACCAGAUUGUACCAAGACGGAAAAGUUUGGCUUCUGGGCUUUCCCUACAGCUGAACGUAGCAAGCUUCGACGUGAAAAACGAAUUUCAAGAUAAAACCACAAACAUAGUCAAUAGAACCAAGAUAAGAACAAAUAACACGAUGCCUUCUGAAAAACCUAUAGAACUGGCCCAAAUUAUCAAAAGAGAUUCGCAAGACAGCGCUAUCGAAAAUAACAUCCCGGACGUUGUUAGUAAAAUGUUCGGUCGCCUGCCGGGUGUGGACGACAUGAAAGCAGAAAAAGAAGGCUUCCACAAUUUAGACGACGAAGCAGAGCUGAAACGAAUAAAACGUAGAGUCUAUAAAAACAUUUUUGUGGUAUGCCUUGGGUAUUUCUGUCUGUUUUCUGGAAUUGGAUCUUUGGCGGUGCUGCAGUCCUCGUUAAAUGCAGAGGGAGGUCUCGGGGUAAUAUCACUUACGCUCAACUUUGGGAUAAGCAUCCUUACCUCGCUGUUCCUGCCCUCCAUGAUGAUCAACAAACUGGGUUGUAAGAUAACAAUGAUCAUUGCUAUAUGCUGCUGCUUGGUCUGGAUGACUGCUAAUUUGUAUGCCACGUGGGCGACAAUGUUGUCAGCUAGCGCAUUACUUGGACUCAUCUGGGCUCCAUUAUGGACUAGCCAAUGUUCUUAUUUCACCACACUUGGCGUGGAACUCGCUGAAGCGACCGGGGUGUCAACAGACGAUGUCAUGUCAAAGUUUUUCGGAAUAUUCUUCGGAUUCAUGUUGAUAGGUCCACUUUGGGGAAACGUAGUAUCCUCAGCUGUAUUAGACGAUGGAAACGGGGACGACAACUACACGCUAAGCGAUGCGGAACUCGCAAAAUGCGGCGCUUAUUUCUGCCCGCAAGAGGCCGCUGCGGAUGCUAACAAUACAAAUCUGGCCCGGCCUGAACAAUCCAAGGUUUUCACGUUGGUUGGAAUACAGAUGGGGUGUGCGGCAUUGGGCUUGUUAGUCAUCAUAUUCUUCAUGGAUAGAUUACCACGUCCUGAUGGCGUCAGAGACUGGUUUGAUAAACAAUCUGCACUGGCAGCCUUAAAGCAGAUGAAGAACAAGAAACAACUGUUGAUUAUCCCUUUGAAUAUUUACAUAGGAUUGGAACAAUCAUUCAUGAAUGCAGAGUUCACUCAGUCGUUCGUGACGUGCCCUCUUGGUAUAAAGUAUGUUGGUUACGUAAUCAUAUGUUACGCCCUCGCUGGAGCAGUGGUUUCCCUGAUAGCAGGUGUCAUGGCAAAUCUUGUGGGACGGGGAACAAUCUUCAUCUUUGCUGGUAUUGUCCAUAUGACCCUGUUGGUAAUGAUGUGCAUUUGGAGACCCCACCCUGACGAAAUGUUUGCAUUCUUCCUAAUGCCUGCGUUAUGGGGUGUAGGAGACGCUAUAUGGCAGAGUCAAAUCAAUGCAUUCUAUGGCUCGUUGUUUGCUACCAACCCUGACGCUGCUUUCGCGAACUACCGGCUUUGGGAAUCCACUGGAUUUCUCAUAGGAUACGCCUACAGCAGUCUUAUAUGCACUGGCUACAAACUGCUCGUCCUUAUGGGAUUCUUAGCGAUAGGUAUGUUAUGUUACAUCGUUGAGGAGAAAGUAUUGGACAAUGAAGCAAAGGCCCUAGCAGAAAAACAGAAAGUCAUCGAAGAGGAAGAGAGAGAUAAAAAGAUCCACAACCAAAUUGUCUCGACACUUUCCGCCAUCCCGCCUAAAUCUACGGAGACUCCCGAGAGUCCCGAGCUAGCAGUAGUGUACACCAGAGACAUCGAUGUUACUUGUUAAUUUAACUAAUCUAAGUGGCCCUAAUGUACAUUACCGAGAGCCUAUUUAGACUUGUAUUGAUACUUUGCUUCGUAAAAAGUUUGACAACCAGAAAGUCCUAUUUUUACAUUAAAGCAUAUUAUGGCAAGCCAUAUUAAAAAAGUCGUUAAACUAAAUAAUUCUUAAACCUUUGUAAAUGAGAAACAAAAUGAAAAUGCAAGUCUUUAUAUCAAAUUUCAAAUGGGGUUCUCCGAUUGCCAAAUAGAGGGCGGUAUAUAAAGAAUGGACUACUUUUAUCAAUGACCCCAUUCGAUAUAUUUGGUGAAAGAAGCAUCAUAACAACGGUGAAGAAGAACAACUAAUCAGCUUUCCAAUGUCUUAUGUUUAGAAAUCAAAUAUAUUUUCGAAAGAGAAAGGGAGUUUAUUUGUGUCUUCAUUGGAAUUGAAGCAACUAUGUUACUGAUUGUGCUACAAAUAAUUAAUUUAUGUAACAGCCAUGUUACAGAUUAUGCUGAAAUGUUGAUAAAAUGAUAAAAUAUGGAUAAAAUGCUAAAAUGUUGUUAAAAUACUAAAAAUGCAAAAAUUUAGAUAAAAUUCUAAAAUUCUGAUCAAAUACAUUUACAGGCUGUUGUUUAUCGAAACUAAUUAAUAGAAGACA